UGUGCCCCGCGGUCCCGCAGCUCCUGGGGGGGGAGCCAUGUGGCCCGGCCCCGCGCUGCUGCUCUUGGGUCUGGGCCUGGGCCUGGGUCGCCUGCCGCCAUCCCCCGGCCCUCGCGGGCUGCCGGGCGUGCUCAGGGGCGCCCCGGGGCUGGGGCAGGGCGAGGAGAGCAGCGUCCGGGGCGGUGGCACCGGUGGCCUGUCCCCGCGCACAGCCCCGCGCCGUGCUGGCCUUAUGGUGCCCCAUAGGUGUCCCUCGGGCGCAGCUGCGCGCGUCCUCCUGAAAGUCAACUCGUCGAACCCUGCAGCCGCCAAGGCUACUGUGUCCUGCCAGACGACCACCUGUACCGUGCAGUCGGUGAAGAUCAACGGGAAAAACCAGCAUGCUCCCCUUAUCCUGAGCAGGAAAGAGGAAGUCACCCUAAAUGUCACCAUGCUCUGGGACUGCCCUGAGGCCAUGGUCAUUCGCAAGAGCUGGCUGUACUAUUUGGUGGCCUCUGUAAACGACACGCCUGACUGGAACCGACCUGUGAAACUGCCACAGGUGCAGGUGAUGAAGUUUUCCUCCGUCCACAUCCCCAAAUCAGCCUUGCCUUAUGGGGUGUAUGUUUUUAACUUCACACUGUCCAUCAUUAGGUGGGACCCCACCUUGUCCCCUCUGACAGACUCGGAUAAUAUCUACAUUUGGGUUAAAAAACGUCCCCUAAAUGCUGUUCUUCCUGGAGCCACCAACAUGGCUAUGAAUUUCUCUGAUGGACUGAUUCUGAAUGGAAACGCUUCCUCUGACCCAGAGGCGGACAUCCCCACAGAGGGGCUCCGUUUCUUUUGGUACUGUACCACAAAUCCUACAUACUAUGGUGGCAACUAUGUACCAGUGACCCACCGGCAUGUAUGUCACCCAGAACAGGAUACGUUGAACUGGCCUUGGGCAGUGGGCCCUAUACUAACAAUUCCACCAGAAACUCUUAGGGGCAACAGUGUAUAUUACUUCAGAAUGGUAGUACGGAAACAAAACAGAACUGCAUUUGCUGAUAAAACUGUACAGGUACUCAAAGGACUGCCACCUAAGGCACGCAUUUCAUGCAUUGAAAAUUGUGGCCCCACUUUAGUCGUAUCAGAUAGGUUCUCUCUGUUUCUAAAUUGCACAGGUUGUUUGAGCCAGGAUUUCUAUAGCUGGUCCAUUUUGUCUAGAUUGGGUCAUGAAGUGAUGUUUGAUUGGGCAGGGCAAGCUGCCACCAGGAGAAAUGGGGCUUACUUAUCUAUAAAAGCGUUUGCCUUUAGGAAUUUUUUGGAAAAGGGGUUUUGGGUUUCUCUGCAUCUAAUAUCUUGGAGUGGUACAACCUUGAAUUUGAGAUAUCCUUUUGUUGUUAACCAUGGCCCCCAAGAUGGCAAGUGCAAGAUCAAUCCAGCUAAAGGGAUUUCGAUGGUUACUAAAUUUGUUGUUGAAUGUAGUGACUUUAAGGACAAGCACCUCCCCCUUAAGUAUAAAAUAAUAGUAGCUGAGAUGGACAGCAUUGGUGAAAUCAGUUCAGUAGAAGAGAAUACACUAGGUAUCAUAGCGUAUUCAGGGACACAGUCCACGACGCCUGCCUUCUUUCUCCCUGUCGGUGUGAUGGCAAACCACUACAGUUUGAAGCUGUAUGCUCAGAUCUAUGACUCACUAGGGACAUUUUCUCAGGUGACUUUGCAAGCCACUGUACAGGUGCCUACUGUCAGGGACUCCUCAAAGACUGUUUUAAAACAGCUGCUCGAUUUCACCACGGAAACAACAUCACCACUGGCUACUUCACUUCAAAAGCAGGACUGGCUACCUGCAGGCUACUUAAUAUAUGUGGUGGCUUCUGUCUUGAACAACAUAAAAAAGGAGUUGGCACUUCAAAAUGAUAGAGCCCAUCUCCUGGAACACCUUGUCAAUCAGUCCUUUGUGCCUGACAUGGGCACCCUGGACCAGAUCUGCCAGGUGGUGAUGGUGAUCACCAAAUUAACCCAGGAAGCCUCUGACUCCAGUCAAGUGGUUUCAGUGGGCGCCACAUUACGGCUGUGGCAAGCGAACCAAGCCCUGCAAGCAUACCAACGCAAGAACAAACACCUUCACUCGCGGCACAUUGAAAUUGUGGGCACUGGCAUCCUAACCAGUCUGUCUAAUAUUCUUAAGUGGAUCAACCCCCACUACGAGUUUCAAGACCCUUUCUUCGUAGUUGAAUCACUAUCAGACACAAUAUUGGCUAACAAGGUACCAGGGAGUGAAACCACUGUAAUGAGGACUAGCAGCUUUAACAUGUAUGUGGAGAAAGCUGAAAAUUCGAAUGUUUCUAAGGUCUUCAGAAAUGAGACACUCUGUCCGAAUUGCCUCCAUGCGACACUGAAUGCAAGCAGGGUUCCUGUUCUACCUUCGAAGGCUCCAGUUUCGGUGAUGUUUUGUGAGUUCACCAAUGACCCCUUUCCUUGGAUAACUUACCCAGAAAACAUUUCUGCAGGUGUGGUAGGGUUCAGAAUGACAGAAGCCACAGAUAACACUAGUGUCAUAGGGAUCACACCCGAUGUAGCCGAAGUGUAUAUAGUCAGAAAAGACUUGACCUUUGCGAGUUUUAACCUCAUGGUGGGACCAGGUAUUGAGGGUUCUGGGUUCUCAAAGAUGACAACAGGUGGAAUUAGCUUUGAGGUGGACAGCAGAGGAACUGGGCAGGUACUGAUCCACAUUGUCACAAAAGUGACAGUGUUGUUCAAGGCCUUGGUAUAUGCAGGCAGUCAGGUCGCCCCCACCAAUCUGGUUGCCACUUUCCUUGUACCUCAUGACAUCCCUCCUACUGCCAAGUGGAGUGGCCUGUUUGACCAAACCUGUCCAGUCAAGGAGGCCCGUGUGAUUUGUCUACCAUCAUCCUUGCUUCGAAUCAUAGCUCAACAUAGCCAUUCAUUCAAAUAUAACAUAUCCAUGCUCCUGCAGGCACCUCGUUUUGUCUUUAAGCCCACUAACAAGCUAGUGAGAAUUGCUCUCUUCAUGGUUCACUGUUUGGACAUGUAUGGGAUACAGAGUGAUUGGCAGGAAGGUACCUGUGUGUUGGGUGAGAAGACCACAUGGAAAAAAGUACACUGUAUCUGCAGGAAUGUGGGGCGGAGGCGGCGCCAGCUGGCCUCUAUGAAGUUUACCUACCUUCGUCUACAAACCCACUUUGUGACUGCUAAGGUAAUCGUGGUCCCUAACCCUGUGGACCUGCAGCUAAAGGUCAUUAGGAACCUUAACCAAAACCCUGUGACCUUCCUGGCUGUGCUUUUCAUUAUGAUCUUGUAUGUUAUUCUGGCUUUCUGGGCCUUGCACAGGGAUGUAAUGGAUCAGUAUCUUCGGGACCACGUGGUAGUACUGCCUGACAAUGAUCCUUUUGAUAACAUAUGCUACCUGGUUACCAUCUUCACUGGGAGUCGCUUGGGGUCUGGAACCAGAGCCAAUGUCUUUAUCCAGCUUAUGGGAACAGAGAGUACCAGUGAUGUGCAUUGUUUAAGCCAUCCAUAUUUUAGAACUCUCUACCGAGGAAGCAUCAACACUUUCCUCCUAACGACAAAAAAUGAUUUGGGGGACAUCCAUUCUAUCCGAGUGUGGCACGACAAUGAAGGUAAGGCACCUAGCUGGUACCUGAGUCGAAUCAAAGUUGAAAACCUCUUCAGCAGACACAUUUGGCUGUUUGUGUGCCGAACAUGGCUCUCUGUGGACACCACUUUGGAUGCAACAUUUUCUGUCACUAACCUGGAUGAGCCUCUGAGAAGGACAGACUUCUUCCUGAUUGAUCUGAACCAUAAGCUCAGUAAAAACCACACGUGGUUCUCCAUUUUCACUGAUGUUGUGCCCAAACCGUACAACAGGCUCCAGAGGCUGUCCUGCUGCUUGGCUAUGUUGCUAAGCUCUCUUGUUUGUAAUAUCAUGUUUUUUAAUCUGAACAGAAAAGAACAAACUGAAUCCAAAGAGAGGCGUAUCAUCAGGUCAAUGAUGAUAGGGAUCGAAAGUGUCUUAAUCACAAUCCCUGUGCAAUUAUUGAUAACUUUUUUCUUCACCUAUUCCCAGAAGAAACCUCCAGUGAAUCUAGACAAGGUGGUACCUCAGAAGCACCCACUGAUGUCAGAGGAAGGUCUGUUCUGGAAAGAGCGACUGGACAAAUGGCAUGAGUAUGAAAUGAAGGCUCUCUCCAAAAAAGCUGCCAAGUCCACUUCUGCUCCCAAGGGAAAGCCUUUAAAGCGGGCCUUUAACACUUCCCAGAAGAGUAAGAAAGAAGACAGCAAGGCUCCAGAUAUCCAAAAGUCCAAUAAGAACUUCAGUAACAAUAAUGUAGAAGGCAGUGAAAAUGACUCUUCAAAGGCCUCUUCUACCCGGCUGGAUAAAACUCAGCCUGUUAAAACUAAGACCCAGAUUAUUCUGCCUAGGUGGUGUGUUUAUAUAGCCUGGUUUUUGGUGUUUGCCACUUCUGGCAUAUCAUCAUUCCUUAUUGUAUUUUAUGGCCUGACUUAUGGCUAUGACAAGUCACUAGAGUGGCUUUUUGCAUCUUUAUGCUCUUUCUGUCAGUCUGUGUUCCUUGUACAACCAUGCAAGAUUCUAUUGUGGUCAGGAACCAGGAUAAGAAACCCGAAGUACUGUAAAAAUCUCUCAUGGUCCAGCAAGUACCAUUAUACAGAAAUCAGGCUGCAGGAGGCGAGGAUGUCGACAGAGGAGAUGCAGCAGCUCCAUGAGGACAUGGACUACCUCCGAGGCUCUAGCAUAUACCAGCCCAUCACUGAGGACAAAAUCCAAAUACUCAGGAGGAAGAAGAGGAUCAGAAGGAGGUCCCUCUUAUUCCUGAGCUACCUUGUGACCCACUUCAUAUUCCUAACCCUUCUCCUACUGCUUAUUGUCUCACUGCGCCAUAAUGAUAGCUUCUACUAUAACCAGUUCAUUCGACAUCAGUUCUCCAUAGAUCUUGCCACUGUGAUGAAGCUGGGAGAUAUCUAUACAUGGCUCAACAGUGUGCUCCUGCCAUUGUUACACAAUGACCUGAACCCAACAUUCCUUCCAGACAGCUCAUCCAAAAUCCUUGGCCUUCCACUCAUGAGGCAAGUGAGGGCCAAACCUAGCAACAAAACAUGUCUGUUGGCCAAGAAGUUUGUGCAGAGUAGCAUUGCAGGAGAAAUCCGUUGUCACCCACAGUAUGGCAUUGACCCAGAAGACAGAAAAAACUAUAUCAGUGUUUGGAAUAAGGCUGCCAAGCAAUCUGCAGACAAACCCAGUGAUGGGUUUACUUAUAAGUUUCCCAGGAAGAAAUGGGUGUAUCAUUCCUAUGGAGUGUUAAACACCUAUGGAUCUGGAGGGUAUGCAUUCUAUUUCUUUCCAAAACAGCAGAUCUUUAAUUCCACACUAAGGCUCAAGGAACUUGAGGGAAAGAAUUGGCUUGAUGACAUGACAUGGGCUGUGAUUGUAGAAUUAACCACCCUGAAUCCAGACACCAGUCUCAUGUGUAGCAUUUCAGUUGUAUUUGAAGUCUCUCCCUUAGGGAUUGUCAACUCCAGCCUCUCUGUAUACUCAUUCUCACUUGCUGAUUUCAACAGAGAAACAUGGGCAGAAAUCUACCUCUAUGCAGCUAUUCUCAUUUUCUUUUGUGCCUAUGUUGUGGAUGAGGGCUAUAUCAUCAUGCAAGAAAGAGCUUCCUACUUGAGAAGUGUGUACAACCUGCUCAACUUGUCUCUGAAGUGCAUGUUUACACUGCUGAUAGUGCUGUUCUUCCAGAAGUACCUCCUGGCCACCAGCAUGGUUCAGCUUUACCUGACUGACCCAGAAGCCUUCAUCCCCUUCCACGCCAUUUCUCGGGUUGAUCACUUCAUGAGGAUCACUUUGGCUUUCUUGUUAUUUUUGACUAUACUGAAGACACUCAGGUAUUCCAGAUUCUUCUAUGAUGUGCGCCUGGCUCAGAAGGCCAUCCAGGCUGCCCUUCCCGGCAUCUGCCACAUGGCCUUGGUGGUAUCUAUGUAUUCCUUCAUGUAUGUAGCUUUUGGGUACCUGGUGUUUGGUCAGCAUGAAUGGAAUUACAGCAACAUGAUUCAUGCCACCCAAACCAUCUUCUCCUACUGUGUGUCAGCCUUUCAGAACACAGAAUUCUCCAGCAACAAGGUUCUUGGGGUCCUGUUUCUCUCAUCGUUUAUGCUGGUGAUGAUUUGUAUCUUCAUCAACUUGUUCCAGGCAGUGAUUCUGUCUGCCUACGAUGAGAUGAAGCAGCCUGUGUAUGAGGAGCCAUCAGAUGAGGCAGAGGCAAUAACCUAUCUAUGUGAUAAUCUACGGUCUGGCUUUGACUUUCUCACCUCCCGAUCUAGGGACAAAGACCAAUCUGAAUUCUUUGUUGACAUGAUGUAUGGGCAGCCAGAGAAAAACAAUCGCCGGUUCCUGGGGCUGAAGACCAGAAACAUCAAUGGGAAGAAAAUGGUUUACCUUGUUGUCUGACAGGUUGGAAGGGCCACAAGCAAGAAUGUCCCCAAACAUUAAGUAUGUUUGUCAAGGGGACUAAAGAAUGUUUGAUGGCUUAGUCAUGCACAUCUCCACAUGUGAAGUAUCCCCACUCUGGGUCCUGCUCUUGGAAAUAAGAACACAUGAACAGAGGGGAAUAUUGAGGGAGAGAAGAGGAUGGCAAGGUAAGAUUCCCUCCGGAUGGGAUUCAUUGACUCCUUUCGUGGGAGCCUGCAGCAGUGUGGAGGAGUGACAACUAUGGAUUUUGAGACCCAGCUUCAAAGGAAAGAGCUGGCCAGGUCCCAUUGUGGAUUCAGCUUCAGGCCAGCAGCCUCUAAGCAGAAGCAAACUGGCCAGCCUCCCUGGGAGUCUCCUUUGCAGACCAUGCCUGGGAAGCCUCUCUCCUCCAGCCUUUCUGCAGGCCAGGGCUAGAGUGGUCCUAUGGGAGAGUUCCAGGACUGGCUUUAGAGUUUGAGAAUGCAGAGGUGAGAGCAGGGGACAGGGAUCUGAGGUUUCCCACUUAAUUC